ACAAGGGUCUCGCGAGAUAUCGGGGCAAUCGGGGUCGAAGUCUCGAAGUCGAGAAAUUUGGGAUCGAUCUCGCCGAGAGACCAACACGCGAGCGAAGUGAGACACAUAUGAUGUACCGCCGGGAACUGGAUGCGUGUUGUUGUCGGCCGCGUAACGGAGCAUCACCAUCCGAGAAAGCGGAUUCACCAUUCUGCACGCGUCUGUACCCGAGGAGAUAAGGACGCACUCGUAUCAGAUAUACGAUGUAUGAUCGCUCUUUCUUAUCAGAGCAAAGAUAAGAUAAUUGAUCGUUCGAGAGAGGACAACACGUCGAGACGAGUGUUUACGAGAUACUGAUAAGUAACGUGGCACCUGUGGUUCUCCGGAAGAUAAAAAGAAAAGAUUCGCCUUAUUAUUCUCCGUCGUGACAAAUGCGUUGGUAGAGCGACGUGAGGAGUGUUUGAACUAUACAGUAUCUCGCAAAGUCUGCAAGAUGGUACGGAGAAACGGACUUUGGAAGUUAACGCAGCUUCGCGCGUUGAUGAAAAACGUGCAAGCGGGGGGUAUUCGGGACAAGGGUAUUCAGGCGCUGAUUGUCAACGGGGAGGACGCGCAUCAGUCGGAAUACUCGACCGAGCGAGACCAGAGGCGACGCUUCAUCAGCGGAUUCCGUGGUUCCUAUGGCACGGUGGUCAUCAUGCAGGACGCAGCGUUGCUGUGGACAGACGGCAGGUACUAUCAACAGGCUAUGGCAGAGCUGGAUCCACCAGAUGCAUGGACUUUGAUGAGGGAAGGUCUGCUCGACACGCCUACCAUCGCCGUAUGGCUCGCCGCGAAUUUACCCCCAAAGUCCGUGGUUGGAGCAGAUGCCAAUUUAAUAAGUUACACGGAAUGGGCACGAUUGCACACUAGUCUAACCUCUGCCGGUCACUGCCUGAUCCCACUUCCUGAGAACCUGGUAGACAAGGUGUGGGCUGACGAGCAACCGCCGCCGACGGCCAAUGCGGUUCUUCCGCAAUUGUUGUGCUACUCGGGCCAGAGCGCGGGAAACAAGGUGAGACUGUGUCGCGACGCUAUGCAGAAGAACAAUGCGACUGUACUCGUGGUGACCGCAUUGGAUGCGAUCGCGUACCUACUGAACUGGCGAGGCUCCGAUAUACCUUUCAAUCCUGUCUUCUUUGCGUACGUCGUUCUCACCAUGAAAGAUGUACAUAUCUUCAUAGACAGAAGUAGAGUCAGCCAGGAGGCAUUGGAGCAACUGAAGAAUGAAAGCGUUGAUCCAGUCUUUCACCCCUAUGAAGACAUACACAUUUACAUGAAAGACCUCGUAAACUUGUGUUCGGAUCAAGAUAAAAUUUGGAUCAGCAAUAAAUCCAGCUACGCUUUACACGCAGAUUGCGGGGAUAUCAAGAAGCAUACGGAUAUUACGCCUAUUAGCGUUAUGAAGUCGAUAAAGAAUCCUAUCGAAAUAAAGGGUAUGAGAGCGUCGCAUGUGAGAGAUUCCGUCGCUCUUGUGAAAUAUUUCGCUUGGCUGGAGGACAAGAUCAAAAACACGAACGAGUGUAUUACGGAGAUCUCGGGUGCGACGCGGCUGGAAAAGUUUAGACAGGAACAAGAUCACUUUGUUGGAUUAAGUUUUACCACUAUAUCAUCUGUCGGUCCUCACGGAGCGGUUAUUCAUUAUUCACCUACAACAGAGACUGACGUGCCUAUUACAGACAAAGAACUUUAUCUCUGUGAUUCCGGCGCACAGUAUCGAGACGGUACGACAGAUGUAACGAGAACGUUACACUUUGGUAAACCCACAAAUUUCGAGCGCGAAUGUUUCACCAGAGUUUUUAAGGGACAAUGCCGACUAUCAACCAUGACGUUCCCCUUGAAGACGAAGGGAAACUAUCUUGACACACUGGCGCGUGAAAGUUUAUGGAGCGUUGGUCUCGAUUAUCUUCAUGGUACAGGCCAUGGAGUUGGUUCCUAUCUCAAUGUCCAUGAGGAGCCGAUUGGUAUUUCAUGGAAGCCGCAUCCGGAUGAUCCAGGUUUACAACCAGGAAUGUUCUUAUCAAAUGAGCCAGGAUAUUACGAAGAUGGGAAGUUUGGUAUUAGAUUGGAAAAUAUCGAAUUAGUCAUUCCUGCAAAAACGCCUUACAAUCACAAGAACCGAGGUUUCCUGACUUUUGAAACAAUGACGCUUGUACCUAUUCAAACGAGUCUACUCGAUGAGUCAAUGCUUACGGAUAAGGAGAUUGAAUAUUUAAAUAAUUAUCAUGUGAAAUGUUUGGAGGUCUUAAGACCUUUACUACAAGGACCAGAAAACAGCCAGGCUCUUAAAUGGCUCGAGAAACAGACUCUUCCUAUUUCUCGUUGAAGUUUUUAUAAUACUUGAUUUAAUACAAUGAGCUGUAAAAAAAAAUCCUUGAGAAUAUGUAACAUAACAAGAUUGUCUGAUCUAAACAAAAGACACAGUGAGGCAUUCGAGUGGCGUAUACAAAGUAUAUAAUUUUGUGUACACAGAUGAAUAUUAUAAUCCGCCGAAGCACAUUUGAUCUUCCUUAAGAUGACCAUACGUGAGUGAAUAAUAGCAAAAAUAAGAAUAAUUUAAGACUCUUGAUGUACCGUUUAAAUGAGUCGAAUUAAAAAUCCAAUUCUAAUAAAAUCAUUCCGUUUGUAUAAAUGACAAAUAUUUUAACAGAAAAAAAUAUAUGCAUACUACAUUUCAUACAUUUUCUUAUAUUAUAUUCACUUUGCGUAUACUUAUCAUCUCAAGGAAAAGAAUUACAGACGUAUUUUUACUACACAUGUUGAUCAAUGUGUCAAAUGAAUCCAUUGUUAUACAGUUUAUUAUUCAUAUCUUUAUAAUACAGAAACAUGUUAUUUUAAUAAUAGACUUAUAGAUCCAAAAUAGUAUUAUAAGAUACCGAUUGCGUCACAAUUUUAUCACGAUAUAUAUAUUAAAAUUAUGGGAUAUACAUUUUUUAACUAUUUUCUUUAACUAUUUUAACUAUUCUUUAACUAUUUUCUCUUGGUACACAUUGCGUCGUGAUCCAUAUAUAUAUAAAUGUGUGUGUGUGUGUGUGUGUGUGUGUGUGUGUGUGUGUGUGUGUGUGUGUGUGUGUGUGUGUGUGUGUGUGUGUGUUAUAUGCUCACACGAGGAUAUACAUAUACAAAAAAUGCUUCUUUUUAUUUAAAAAAAAGCGUUUAAAAGUUUUGACGAUUUAGCUUGUUUGAAAUGAGCGCGCAUACAGAUAUAUUCAUAACGUUAUUGAUAUCUUCCAUUUUUGGAUUGUUUUUUAAUAUUAGAAACCUUUAAAUA